AUGGCACCCUCUACCUCAAGAGUGUGGAAGGCCAUCCGCUCUUUAAUGAAGCGUUCUCCACUACCAACUUCUCCCAAUGGUCGUCGUAUCCCCAUCAGCCCCGGCCUCGCGGCCCAGCUAGUUGACGAGCGACGCGACAAGCCCUAUAUAUCGAACGCAGUCAAAACAUCCAAGUAUAAUGCAUUCGAUUUCUUGCCCCGUCAAAUUAUUUACCAAUUCACUCGACUAGCCAACGCCUAUCAGCUCCUGAUUUCAAUCUUACAGUUGAUUCCGGGCUUCAGUACUACCGGAAAAUUCACGACGGUCAUUCCUCUUAUUGUCUUCCUGGUUCUUAUUAUUGCCAAGGAGGGUUACUACGACUGGAAAAGACACAGGCAAGACGUCGCCGAGAAUAACCAGCCGACUAGGGUCUUACGCGAAGCACCAUUGGGAGCUGAUGGAUCUUAUGCCCCUGACACAGAGUCCGACAACGGAGGUUCAAGUGCUACUCGCUUUCAAUGGGAGAUCACCACCUGGAAAGAUCUUAAAGUCGGCGAUAUUAUUAUGCUGGAAAAAGACGAGGAUGUUCCAGCAGAUAUUGUUAUCCUGCAUAGCGAUGGAGCGGAAGGCUUUGCCUAUAUUGAGACGAUUGCUCUCGAUGGCGAGACAAGCCUGAAGAUCAGAGAACGACCGCCCAAUCUGCCCGACUGCAGCACUAUUGAGCGAAUCUCUGAAUGCCAAGCACAACUCACUGUUGAGGACCCAAAUUCCGAUCUCUACCGCUUUGAUAGUCAACUUACAGCGGAUGAUGCAACGAGACCUCUGACAAUAAAUCAUGUCAUCUUUCGGGGCAGUACAAUCCGCAAUAAUUCCGUCAUUGGUAUCACUAUCAAUACUGGGGAAGAGUGCAAGAUUCGGCUUAAUUCGAACAAAGAAAGAAAGCCGAAGCAGCCAGCACUUGAGUCAAUUACCAACAAGAUUGUUCUCUUUCUCAUGGCCUAUGUGCUUAUCAGCGCAGGAGCUUGUACCAUAGCGCACGUCGUCUGGGAUCGUAGUGCAGGACGCUCAUGGUAUUUGUCCUUCACGCAGAUCCGCAUCGCAGAUAUCCUCAUGGGGUUUAUCAUUAUGUUCAACAACGUCAUUCCACUUUCACUCUACGUCGGCCUUGAGGGGACUAAGCUGGGGCAGAUGACGCUUAUAAGCAACGACCUCGAUAUCUACCACAAGGAAACGGAAACACGUGCUCAAGUUAAUAAUACAAACAAUCUAGACGACCUUGGACAAAUUGGAUACGUACUUAGCGAUAAGACUGGCACGUUGACGGAAAAUAUCAUGAAGCUUCGCUAUAUAAGUGUAGCGGGCAUUUCUUGGCUACACCCUAUAGACAUGCCCGACGAGCCGAUCAAGACUUCAGAGGGAGGGAUCUUGCAUACGAAUUACAUGCUAGACCACAUUAGAGAACGUCCAACAUCACCGUUUGCAACCAAAGCGACCCGGUACCUCUUGGCAAUGGCUCUCUGCCAUACAUGUCUCCCCGAACGUACAGAGGAUGGCAGCUUGGAUUUCCAGGCCUCAUCUCCGGACGAGCUCGCAUUGGUAAGAGGUGCUAGAGAUCUCGGAUUCGUUCUCAAGCAACGAUCAUCGCAAUCCGUCACUGUGCAAACGCUCAUCGAUGGCCCUUCAUCAGAGACAACAUUCGAGAUUCUUGAUAUAAUCGAAUUCAACAGCAAACGGAAGAGAAUGACAAUCAUUGUUCGCUGCCCUGAUGGUAGGCUGUUGCUAAUCUGCAAAGGAGCUGACUCUGUACUCCUGCCGAGACUGAGGGCUGCGGAGCAGAAGGUCGUAAAGAGCGACCAGGCGACUGUGGGUGGUCACUUGAAGGAAGGAAGACCCAAAUCCUUGCGACGCGAAUUUCGUCAGCUAGGCUCACCGGACCCUUUCUUUCAGACCGGAAGGCUAGAUGGUCGGUCUGCGCAAAAUCAACCUUUGGUCGAUGGAGAUAGUUGGAUUCAUCUCGAAUCACGCCAGGUACUUGCAGAUGAAACACAAUCUUUGCGAACAUCUCUCCAUGAGUUGCUCGAGAGACCGGCCCUGUUUGACGAGAGGGAGACUAUCCAUGAGUAUUUCUCUCAUAUCGACACGUACGCAGUAGAGGGCCUUCGUACUCUGGUCUAUGCCGACAAGUUCCUACGGCCUGAUGACUAUGCUCGUUGGAAGCGUCUCCACCAUGAGGCAGAAACGAGCCUAGUGGACCGCCAAGAGCGCAUCGAAGAGGUAAGCGACUUGCUUGAGCAAGAGCUAGACCUUGUUGGUGCAUCUGCUGUAGAGGACAAGUUGCAAAAAGGGGUCCCAGAGACGAUUGCCAAACUCCGCGAGGCUAACAUUAAGAUCUGGAUGUUGACCGGGGAUAAAAGAGAAACUGCUAUAAGCAUAGCCCAUUCAACUCGUCUCUGCAGUCCAGAUUCAAAUGUGUUCAUUCUUGAUAUUUGCCAAGGAGACUUAGAACUUCAAGUCGCAGAAGCGGCUGACACGGUCCAGUACAGGUUACAGCCAGCUUACGGCGACACUCAGCAAAACCAUACUGUCGUCGUCGUCGACGGCGAGACCCUUAAAUUUAUAGAGGAACCUUCUUCGACUCGUCUACGCAAUGUUUUUAUAUCGCUUGUCAUCUCAGUGGACUCAGUAAUCUGCUGCCGGGCCUCGCCAGCGCAAAAAGCCCUCCUUGUCAGCAUGAUCCGAGAAGGCCCUCCUAACAGAAACUCGGGAAUAUUCUCAUGGCUUGGAAUCGGUACCAGGAGUCCCCUCACCUUAGCUAUCGGCGACGGCGCAAAUGAUAUCUCUAUGAUUUCCGCUGCCAACGUGGGAGUUGGGAUCUCGGGUCGUGAGGGCCAGCAGGCGGCUCGGAUUGCUGACUUCAGCAUCUCCCAAUUCAGGUACCUUUCCAAGUUACUGUUGGUCCACGGUCGGUGGAACUAUUAUCGCACAACACGAUUUAUUCUUGCAACCUUUUGGAAGGAAACAUUCAUAUUCUUCCCGCAAGCACUAUUCCAACAACAAACGGGAUCAACAGGCACUAGCCUGUAUGAGCCAAGCAGCUUAGCACUUAUCAGCUUCUUCACAAUUGCCUGCAUCAUCAUUGUCGGAACAUGGGAGCAAGAUCUUGAAUCGCAUACUCUCAUGGUCGUUCCAAGGCUAUACCGGUAUGGGCAAGAGGGCGAAGGUCUCAGCAUGGCUGUCUAUCUCGGAUGGUUUGGCAAUGCCCUACUUGCAGGUCUGAUCGCCUAUAGUGCAUGCUGGGCUGGGUACGGUGGGUCAACAAUCCUCAAAGACGACGGAAUUUACGCACAAGGUCUGUUGACGUUUUUGGUCUGUGUGAUAUGGAUUAACUAUAAGCUUCUAAUCAUUGAGCUAAACUACAAGGCACAUUUUGUGUUCUUGAGUGCUAUUGUCAGCAUUUUAGCCAUGUGGGUAUAUACUCUCAUCGUGUCAAACACCAUGGCACCAAAUGCGGGUCCCUACUCUGUUCGGGGCGGGCUAUUAUCUGGCUUCGGCAAGGAGGCGUCUUGGUGGUGCACACUGCUAUUGGCUUUGGCGAUACUCUAUUUCAUCGAGAUGGCCGCCCGUGCAUACAAGCAGAAUUAUGCUAUGAGAUCCUGGGUUUCACGGUUUUGGGUCUCAGGAAGACAGCUGGAGAAAAGAGGUGGCGGCGUCCGGGAAGGAUUUAAGGACUGGGAGCCUCGUCUAUGGCAGGAGAUGGAGCAGGAUGCUUCCGUUCAACAGGUCAUUAAAAAGCUUUAUAAAGAAGAAUAUUAA